UUCCGCAGCAAUGGUGGACCAUCGUGAUAAAGGCAUUCAACUCUCGACCACAAACCCAGAUUCGACCUCAACUGCGUCCAAAACCAAUGGCCCCACCAUCUUUCGCCUCACCCAUCUGCAGAUUUUGAUUCCCAAAAGGCGUGGAAGCAAGAUCAAGGUAGUGGUGCUUGCUCAUCUUCCCUACGCCCGUAGAUAUGCGCAAGGAGGAGCGAUGAGUGGUGUUGUUCCAAUCUCAACUCACUCAUUUGCUCCACUCCCCAAUACUUGCCUUGCCAGACCCAACCAUGGAGUUCAUUUUUGCAGAACUUCACUGCUUCCGUUCAAGAGAGAGGGAGCUUCAAGAUCGUUGACAGUAAAAAAUGCAGCAACAAAGACGCCAAAGACACCUGCUGAAGAGGAUUGGAAGAUUAAACGUGAGUUUCUAUUGAAGAAAAAGGUGAGAAGUGUUGAGGUAAAGGAAGCAUUGCGCCUUCAGCAGGAAAAUGGAUUUGUGAUUCUUGAUGUGCGGCCUGAGGCAGAGUUUAAAGAGGGCCACCCUCCUGGGGCCAUAAACGUCCAGAUCUACAGGCUUAUAAAAGAAUGGACUGCAUGGGAUAUUGCUCGACGUGCUGCAUUUGCUUUCUUUGGGAUAUUUGCUGGCACAGAAGAAAAUCCAGAAUUUCUGAAAGAUGUGGAAUCAAAAAUAGAGAAAAGUGCAAAGAUAAUAGUAGCAUGUUCAUCCGGAGGAACUAUGAAGCCCUCCCAAAACCUCCCUGAAGGACAACAGUCUAGGUCUCUGAUUGCAGCUUAUUUGUUGACUCUCAAUGGUUAUGAGAAUGUCUUCCACCUAGAAGGUGGUCUUUAUACUUGGUUCAAAGAAGAUUUACCAGCAGUUUCAGAAGACGAGACAGUGUAAAUAUGGUGCUGAUGUAUGUGCAAGCAGAGGUCCUGCUGUUUUUACACUCACUGUAACAAGCACACCUAAAACCACUGAACUUUUGAACUUCAUUCUGUAAAGAAAACACUGUUGAGGCUGUACAUUCUAAUCCAAAUUGGGUUGAGCUAGUAGAGCUAAGUGCUAUUUCUGGACAUGGUGGACUUCACCACAAUUUAGUACAGCACAGUACCUUGCUUGUUUCUCCCCAUGUAUUCAUAUCAACAUGAUUGUAAUACUUGAACCUCUGAUACAGUAGACGGUAGUCUUUCGUGCA